CAGUGGUAGUUAUCAACAAACAUGGAGGAAAUAGGCGUGUUCAUCUGUGGUUGCAUUUUCUUUCCUUCAUGUUUUAUCAUAAUAAGAUAUUUUCUGUAUAAGUUCUUUGGUUCACAGCUUACAGAUGGUGACGUGCACAAUGUCACAGAAAAGUGUGUUUCAAGUAUUCAAGCAGCAGUAGCAACCGUUGUUGGUUUAUUAAUAGCAAUCAAGUGCCAGAAAGAUAUCAUGACAGACAGACAUUGGUUGACCAAUACAUAUGCAAUUUUUGGGAUACCCUAUUUCACUUAUGACACAUUUGCAAUGUACUUUUCAUAUAUCUAUACCAAGCCUGAUGUGCAAUCAAAACCCUUUCUACAAAGACUCAAACAUUUUGCUGAAAACUCUAAAGCCAUGCUGUGUCAUCAUCUUCUUUUGCCUCUUAUUUUAUUCCCAUCAAUAAUUUUUUUCCGAAAAGGACUAGGAGACUUUUUUGUUGGAGUUUUGUAUAUGUGUGAAUUUACCAUUCCAUUUAUCUCGGCAAGGAUGAUUCUAGCUCAGUUACAGAUGAAGCACACCUGGUACUACAUUGUGGCAGGACUUUCCAUGAUCGCUUCAUUCCUUAUUUCUCGUGUGCUGGUUUUUCCAUUUUUGUAUUGGAGAUAUGCAGUUUAUAGGGGUAUCCCCCUUUCUCAGGUCCCCCUUGGGAUCCCCUGGAAAUGUAACAUUGGUUGUCUGGUCAUCUUGCUUCCCCAGAUCUAUUGGUUACUCCUCAUGGUCCGAGGGGCAAUCAAAUUAUUCUACAAAAUCUAUUUCAAGUCCAAACCACAAUGAUACAAGGUGGAUAGAGAAUUUUUUGGUUCCAAAGACAAUAUAUUGCCUAUAAAUUAUGUUAAUACACGUACCUCAUGAAAGAAUUCCAAAUAUAGAUGUGUUCAUAUUUUUUAAAUAUUUGUAAUACAUGUAUACCAAAACUGUAUUCAUUACUAUUUAUUGUCAUAAAAACCCCCAGAUUUCUUUGAUUGUAGGGUACAGUUCUUUUUCAUGUUUUUUUCAAUUAUGUAAAUUCAAUCCUUCCAAAGUAUUACUUCAUCUUACAAAAAUAAUAAAAUAUAUAUGAUAUUUUUAACACACCAUGUAAUAAUAUCUUGCAUAUUCCUUGUUAAGUGUUGACUGGAUCUCAUGGCCACUCCCCAUCUUAACUGAUGAGCAUAAAUAUAUUUCUAUCUAUUGGUAUAUAUGUAUAUAGCAUUGUAAAUGUAAAAUAUAUUCAAUGUUUAGUAGCUGAAUAUGGAAAUUACUUCACAAAAUUCCAUAUCUGUCUACAAAACAUGGAAAUUUUUGCUUAUUACAUUUUCUUGGGUUUUCCUUUCGCCCCUGUCCUUUUUGUAUUUGCUAUGUUGUAGAAUGUAAUGUCAUAGCUGAGAGGUUGUGAGACAACAUAGCUUAGUGAUUAUGAAAUUUAAAAUUGUAAGUAUGGAUUAAAACAACAAUUUGUAGAAACUUUGGCAGAUUUAAUUGUAUCGGGAUUGUUUACCUAUUCAUGCUUUCUGUCUGUGAUGGGAAGGAAAAUCUCGAGUUUUGUUACAAUUUUUUAUUUUAACUGUGAAAAUAUCACUUGUAAAAAUAUAUUUUUUUUUGAAAGGGUCAAUUGCAGUAUUUCACUAUUGAAAAUGUUAUAAAUUUUAUUAUUUACCAGUUAAGAUGGAGAGUGUGCAUAUGAUGGAUCUCAUUGCAUGUGACAAAAUGAAACAUGGUGAACUACAGUGUAAUUUUUUUUGUGAUUAUUUAGCAGUUGAUUUGUAAUUGAUUUAUUAAUGUGUAAUUUGUUCAUAUAUGCUCAAACAUUUCAGGUCACAUGAUUAGCAAUACGUGACACAUAAUAUACAUGAUUAGCCUAAUUUGUACCAGUAUAGAUUUCAUGACAUCUAUGUACUGGCCAUAGUGUGUUACCAAUACUUAUUUUAAGAAAUAUUCUAGUCAUAAAAAUUUAUGUAUUACUGUUCUAACAAUUAUUUUAUUGGAAAGUGGAAAGGAUAAUUCAUUGUAUGUGAAAGCUAUUGUUCUUAAAUGUCAAUUUUUGGUUUUCCAAGCAGAUUUAAGGGAAUUCCCACCUUCAUAUGAUGUCAUAGAUUUUUGCAAAGUCUUUCAUUAAUUUAACUUUGUGCCCAAUAGAAAUAUGUCAUAGGAAAAUGUGAUUAAAUGUGUGACUAAAAAUAUGGUUUGGUACAAUAAUUUAAAAGGUUAAAAUCUUUUAUAAAUAUUUAGUUAUUCAUUCUUUGAAAAAAUGCACAAGGGAAAUAACUCUUACAUAUGUUUCUUCAUUUAUAAUACUUCUAUUGUAAAAUGGUUUCCAUAAU